AACGGUGAGUUUCGAGAAAAGAGAACAAAGACAGACUAGCCAGUAGCCACACACAGAGAGAGGGGGAGCACUGAGCAGUGCCUGGAGCUCUCGUCGGCCGGAUAUCUGAGAAAAUCACCAAAAGGGUCUCGGUUGAAAUGGGUUUGGGCUUCGUGGUAGGCGUCUUCGGAGUCCUAAUUCUUGUCCAUGCCGCUUAUUCAACCAUCCAAUAUAGGGGCGUGUUGGAGAUUAUGGAGGAAGAGUUUUCAGGACCUCCAAUGAAUGUGAUGGUUGAGUUGCUUCUAGGAUUAGUCUUCUGUGUGUGGGCGGCGCUUACCGUGCCGGGGAAGUUUCUUUCCGUACAUCCUCAUUCCGAAGAUAAUAGGAUAGUGUCUUUACCAGCCAAUUUAGACUUCAUGAUUUUCAACCAUCGAGGCAAAGUAUUUCCUUUGGUUUGGAAAAGGAUUUGAAGCUCAAACAUUGAGUUCAUUUCUGUCAAGUAAAAAGGAUCUCCUUUGGGUUUACUCGAAGAGAGAGUCAUUUUCCUGUCUCUUUAAAACUUGGCCUAUCAGAAUAGAUGAUGCCAUUGUAUCAUCUCUUUACUUUCGCAACUUAAUGCAAAAAUUCUUCUCUAUUGGCUA